GGGCUGCGGCUUGACGCGCAUCAGGUCGACGGACGCUGCCUUGGAAACGACAUAAAUCCGGUCCACGCAGCUGGGUUGCAAGCUGGGACCCAGAUUUGCUCACUUCAAAGCCUUCUCUUCCUCCACCACCACCAUCCCUCCACCCACCCAUCCAUCCUUCCAUCUAUCCAUCCAUCCAUCCAUCCAUCCAUCCAGCCGUGCGCUCCGAGCCGCGAACAUGGACGCUCUGAAAUGAGGCGCAGAGCAGCAGCGGAGGAGGAGGAACACCAGUAACCCGACAGACAGGAGAGAAGGUGAAUCUGCAGCCAGGUGUAGACCAACAUGCCGUUGGUGAAGAGGAACAUCGAGCCCCGGCAUUUGUGCCGCGGAGCGCUGCCAGACGGGGUGACCAGUGAGCUGGAGUGUGUCACCAACAGCACACUGGCAGCCAUCAUCAAACAGCUGGGCAGUCUGAGUCGCCACGCCGAGGACAUUUUUGGAGAGCUGUUCAACGAGGCCAACAGCUUCUACCUGAGGAUGAGUAGCCUGCAGGAGAGGGUGGACCAGCUGGCCGUGAAAGUCACCCAGCUUGACUCCACGGUGGAGGAAGUCUCCCUGCAGGACAUCAACAUGAGGAAGGCCUUCAAGAGCAGCACCAUCCAGGACCAGCAGGUGGUGUCGAGGACCUCAGUGCCCAACCCGGUGGUGGAGAUGUACCACCGCUGCGACAAGCCUCCGCCGCUCAACAUCCUCAGCCCCUACAGAGACGACAAGAAGGAUGCCCUGAAGUUCUACACCGACCCAUCGUACUUCUUCAACCUGUGGAAGGAGAAGAUGCUGCAGGCCACCGAGGACAAACGCAAAGAGAAGCGGCGGCAGAAGGGCUGUCCGGCCCACCCCGACAGGCCCCACUCCAGACAGGCCCCACCCAGGAGCCCCCUGUCCAUCUCUGAGCAGCAGAGGCAGGUUGAAGAUCCAGGCAGAGAGGUGAAGAAGGUGCGUAAAGCUCGAAACCGGCGCCAGGAGUGGAACGUCCUGGCCUACGAUAAGGAGUUCAGACCAGACGCCAGGCUCACCCCGUCCCCCUACCACGGCAUGUCCUCUGAAGGCUCCCUGUCCCCAGAUAGCAGAUCCAUGGCGUCUGACUCCUACCCAGCCAGCCCCAACCACCCCUCCACCCAGGCCCCCAGCGCCGCCCACCCCACCGACCACCACGCCAGGGACCACCUCAGCGCCGCAGCCCAGACCCAGUCACUGGACCGGGGCCUGCGGCCGGUCAACCAGCCCCCUGCUGGGGCGGCGGCCGGAGGUCGGCAUGUGGCCUCGCUGGGCAGGACCCCCUCAGGACACGGGGUCCAGGCUGGAGGAGAUCCGACGGUUAACGGGCCGAGGCAGCCGUCGGUUAAGGACUACCGGGCCGGGCAUGGCGGUCAGCCCUCCACCAUCCCAGAGUACUACAUCCCGCCGGCGCCUCCCCCUCCUCCCCCCACCAUCCCCUCUGCACAGACGGCCUUCGACUCCACCACAGCUCCGCCCUCCGCCGCCGCCUCCGCCGUCCCCCCGACCUCCUCCGCCCUCUCCCGCCCCUACUCCCCCUCCCCUCCUCCUCCCCCGGCCAACUACGUGCCCUCCCCCUCCCACCCACCUUCGGGCGCUCCCCCCGCCGCCCCUCCGCCUCCCCCUCCCGGAGCCCCGGCGGGACACACGGCCCACCCAUCCCCGCCGCACGCCGCCGUGGGCCAGGCGGCCGUGGACGCGGCGCCCUCGGCCAGGAAGUCCACCAUGCUGGGGAUGAUCCCGAUGAGCGACGCCCGCUCCGACCUGCUGGCCGCCAUACGUAGAGGUAUCCAGCUGAGGAAGGUUCAGGAGCAGAGGGAACAGGAGGCCAAGCGGGAACCGGUCGGCAACGACGUGGCCACCAUCUUGUCUCGUCGCAUCGCCGUGGAGUACAGCGAGUCCGACGACGACUCGGAGCUGGACGAGAACGAGUGGUCCGACUAAGUGGUGAAAAACGAAAGAGAACGAGGGAGUGAUGGGGGCUUGGUGGGUGGAGAUCAGCAUGAGGGGGGAGAAAUGAGACACCGAGGUGUAAAUGAAGGGAUCUGAUCAGUUUUAAAUGUUCAUCAUUGACAUUUUAACACAUGAGUUCAGUAAAAACCAAUCAUCAACCUGUUGCAGCCUGUCUGAGCAUCAGGUCCAUCGUUUCAGCUUGCUUGGUUGCCCCUGACGACGCCUAUUACUCGAACCGAAACCCCGGAGGUUCUCACGUCUAAACCGCUCUGGGGCGUUCGGCGCAAUUAACAUUUCAGCACCCUCCCGCCCCCAUCUGCUCAUUUCUAACCUCCGCCGCCGAGCCGUGAAAAACAAACGCCCCAACUUCUCUCCUUCAUAUUGGUGUGGUAAUUAUUAGCAAUACUCCGAAGCUGUAGGUAGGCGGCCCCCCGGCGAGGACGUGGGGGGCGAUGUGUUUACAGAACACAUGGUAUAGCACAAGAAAAACUAAUUACAGUGCAAUCUUAACGUAUCUGCCAAAUGUAGAGAAAGAAUCUAUGAAAACAAGUCAGGGUAAUCAGGGAAGUAAAUAGCUUAUUAGCGGCUCGCUCUGCUUCGCCGGGCGACGCCUGUUUACGAAAACGUUCUCCUCAAGGGAUGCCAGCCUUUUGGGAGUUUGGAUCGCUGUUAUUUUAUCAGACAGUACAAUUAAUAUGAUCUCUGUGUAAUGAGCUCUAGCUGCUGUGUGGGUGGCAUGUUGAUAAAUUUACUGAUUCCCACCGUGAUUUUCAUGUUUCAGCCGGAUGGGUUUGGUUAAAAAGUGCUCUUCAGGUGUACUUUUAAUUUGUUGCUAUCUUGUUUAGUAGAUUUCCAGCACAGGUUGUUGAGUUCACAGAGGAAGUGAGUAAAGUUUGCAAAAUAACUUUCUGUCACUGAUUUCUAAUAGACUCAUCUAUUUAUUCACCAUUUCUAACUCAUUUUGGAAUUACAUUCUGUCAUUUUUAACACAUUUUGAGUCUGUUUCAACAGGUUUGAAAUCAUUUUGGACCAUUUUCACAAACUUUAGACAAUUUUUAAGACAGUUGUAGAUCAGUUCAGACUUUUUUAAAUUCAUUAUCAAAGCAUGUUUGAUUCAUUUUGGACCAUUUUAGCUCAUUUCAGAACUUUUUCUAACUCAUUUUGGACAUGUAUUCAGUCAUUUUCCACACAUUCUGAGUCAGUUUCAACAGUUUUGAAGUCAUUUUGGACCAUUUUUGCAAAUUUUGGACAAGUUUUCAAGACAGUUCAGACUUUUAUUUAGUAUCAAACAAUAUUUGAUUCAUUUUGAACAUGUGUUAUGCCAUUUUUUUACACAUUUUGAAUCAUGUUGAACAAAUUCUGAGUAAUUUUGGACAAUGUUAGCUCAUUUUUGACUAGUUUUAAGUCAGUUCAGACUUUUUUUCAUUCAUUAUCAAGCCAUGUUUGAUUCAUUUUGGACCAUUUUAGCUAAUUUUGAACUAUUUCUAGCUCAUUCUGGACGUGUAUUAAAUCACUUAUCACACAUUUUGAGUCAGUUUCAACGGGUUUAAUGUAAUUUUGCAACAAUUCAGAGUUUUCAAGAAAUUCAUUUUUGGAUAAUUAAAUUUUUUUCACACCGUAUACGAAGUAGUUGUUUAUAUUUUUGCUUUUCAGGACUGAUAGUGAGAAUUAGGAAUCAACUAAACCGAUAUUUAUUUCCAACUGAUCUGUAUUUGGUGUAAAAUACACAUCUUUGUAUCUACGAUAAGACAAGCUCCAACAUAGAACUAUUUUUUUCUAAACAUGUGUCCUUUAGAGCCAAAGUUGUGCAUUUUGACAUAAAUUUAUUUUAUCAUUUUUUUUUAAAUGAUGUUACUGAUAUUCAAAAGAAAAUACUGAAUAUAAGAUUUGAUAAGCUCCUACAAAGUACGACUAUUUCCUAGCGCUGUAAUUAAGUUUAUUUAUUUCCAUUUUCUUUACUUCUUCAUAUCCAGAUGCAUUUAAAAGUUACUCAUUGGUAAAUGUACGCUGUGUUUUGACACACCUCAUAUUCUCAUACAUAACUAAAGAGGUUUCCUCGCAUAUAACAAAAAAAAUGUCCAUUUCUCAGCUGAAUACAAUUCAAAAUACAUUUAUGUGACUAUUAUUGAUGUAAACAAACCUUCAACAGUGUUAGAAAACAGGAAUUAUUAAGCUCGCAGCUCUUUUUAAUGUGUUUAAUUGAAAAUCUAACAGGCAAUUAACUGAUAAGAGAAAGUUCCAAUCGUGUUUACAGUAUGGUUUGUCUGGAAUACUAAUGUAUUUACAUUUUCAUUAAAUCAUUUAAUUACAACAGAAAGCCUAAUUAAGAUCAAAAUCACACAAUUUGCAUGCACAGAGAAGUGGUUCUACAUUAUAUUAUCUGUUUUUGUUUUUUUUUGUUUAACUUGAUCAUUUAAGAACUUUUUGAAGCUCUUGGAGGUUUAAAUAUCCUGUGAGCUGUCUAUGUAAAGUAAUCAGAAAGCCAAACUCCCAACAGUCAGUGUAGUUCUCAGACUUUAACCUUUCAGAUCAGUAGAAUCCCUUUGAGGUAGUUUUUAAUUGAACUGUGACAAAAGACGCCACCCAGCCAGGAAUCAGCUGGUUUGGGAGGGAAAAAACGAGCGCCACCAGCCUUGUCGGAAUUCAGCAAUUAAACUCGGUCUCCGUAUGGCAGCGUGGAACAACAAAACAAGCCGACGAGCUUCUGCCAUUGUUCGGUUUCUAUUAUUUCUAGGUUUUUUUUCAUAGUCAUUCAUAACAUUUCAGCCAGUGACUGUGUGCCGUGCUCUUAUAUAAACGCUUCCACACUUAACCACCGUCGGAGCUGCUCUCACAAAGCUCGGUCGUCCUGCUGCCGCCGUCUGUGGAGGUUUUGUGAACGCAGCCCCUGGACUAUAAAUACAUACGUGUAAGAGACUUGCAACAGUAAUAUACAGUAUAUUAUCUCUUAUCUUUUCAGUAUAGGUUUGGCUAAUCCUCAGUAUGAACUGAUUGGACUGUAGUGUUUUUAUAAUGUGCUUUUUAUUUUUAAAACGUGCUGCGGUGAGUUGUUCACUUUGGUUUAUUUUAAAGUUUUCUAACUGUCAAGGCCAGGACGGAGGUACCGGAUAAACAACUUGUGUCAGAGAAGCCGGCUAAAGGAAGAUUUUAAACUAUUUUUAUUCUAUUUACGAGGAAAAAAACGCUUAAAAAUCACAUUGGAGCCAAAGCAAAUGUCCCUCAAAAACAGCAUUCAUACAUUUAUUUUAAAAACUUUGAAGAUUUUGCAACUUUUUUCAUGGGAAGUGGAGUGCUACGCAUCCGUUUGGUGGCUAAAUAUUCACAGAUAUUUAGUUUUAAUUAGAGCAAAACGUGCACUUUGAACAGUUUCUAUUAUUAGACGCUGUUCUUUAUGUUACUUUACUUCACAUCACCUAACUUAGCUUUUAACCACAUUAUCUUCUGUUGUAAAGUAAAUCACAAAAUUUACACCCUGCUUCGGGUUAAUUUAUAGCCAAGAAAAUGCUGUUUUUUUUGCCCACUUUUAAACAACAUAUCUAAGUAUUUAUUUGCUGGACAUUAAUGUGAUUAAUAAUAAUGACAAACUAAACCAAGAGAAUCCAGAGAGCAGGCAUCUGCUACAUAUCUGACACUGUUUUGACUGCGUGUUUGUUUGGUAAUUGUGUCCGUAUUAGUUUAUUCCAAGUGAUUUUGAAAGGGAUAGGGCCUCAAAAUGUGGUUACUUUGUCGUUGUAUAUAAACACGAUAGCUGACACAACAACUGCACUCUGUCGAAGAAUACAAAUCACACCGGCUUUAGGGACUGGACGGGUUCUUGUGAUUCUCCCUGAUUGUUUGGAAAAGGGUUUUAAAGAAGUGUGCCAAGACCUGCGUUUGUGGACGUUAUUAUUGAAGCAAAAAAAAAAGGUAAAAAUAAAAAAAGCACAUAUGAACUGCAGUGUGGAUUUGCCACAGACCUGGAGGUUGAGCUAUGCUAACGGUGACCCGGGUCUGAUUGUUCUGAUCGUUUAUUCUGUGGUUGUAUUGUGGUGCAGGAGCCAUAGAUAUACUGAAAUUUAAACAGCAUCUGUGGAUCGGAGCGAUUCACGAACCUCCAGCGUCAAAGAAUGUAAAGCUCUGACGUUCCACCAACACGCCGAUCCGCUCAAGAUUUCCAUAUUAGCAACGACGAAACAAAGUCUUGUAUCUCUUAUCAGUCGUACCUUGUGUAUCUAUGGCUACUGGCUCGUAAGAAAACUUCAUUAUGUGUUCAAAAUGUGAGAAACGAAUCAUGUUGUAUAGACUUUUGGUAAGGCAGCCUGUAAAGUAAAAUACAUUUGGGGUAAUAUAACCUAGACAAGGAAACAAAAAGAAAACUGUGUAUUGCACACUAAAAUCAACUGUAAGCAAGUAUGCAUGUAACUAUAGACAAUAAAUGGUGAACAAAACUGUA